AAAAGGAAAAACGGAGAGUAAAAUUGCUGCAGUCAUGGACUUGCGCUCAGAACUGCUCAAGUGCAUUUGGUAUGCUUUCACCGCUCUAGAUGUGGAGAAGAGUGGAAAGGUAUCCAAGUCUCAACUCAAGCCUGCUCUGAACAGCAAAAUUCUGGAAAACUUAAAGGAAUGGUUCACCCUAAAAUGAAAAUUUGCUGGAAAUUCACUCACCCUCAGGCCAUCAGAGAUGACAUCCUGUUCUUCAUCAGAACAGAUUCGGAGGAAUGUAGCAUGGCAUCGCUUGCUCACCAGUGGAUCUUCUGCAGGGAAUGGGUGCCGUCAGUCACCCAAGAGCUGAUAAAACAUCUUAAUCCAUAAAUAAUCCACUUAUGUUUUUCAUAGUAAAAAAAAAAUGAGCGUUUGUAAGAAACAUGAGAAGCUUUUAACUUCAAACCAUUGCUCCCAGCUAAAAAAAAAAGUGAAAAUAGUCCUUUAUCCAAAAUAUUGUUAACUCUAAUGAAGGGUUAAGACCAAGCUCUGUUUACAAGCAAAGAUAGACCAAAGCAGUUCUAAAGAAAUAUGUCGGUGUAUUUCGAUGUCAGAGUACAACAGGAGAUGGACUUCUUCACUGGAGGAAGCGUUAUUAUGGAUUAUGGACUCCUAUUUGGGCCAGCAACGGCUGUUUAAAGUUAAAACGUCUCAAAUGAUACGUCUGUUUCUAACAAACAGCUUUUCACUUCACAAGACAUUCAUUGAUGGCCUGGAGUUGUGUGAAUUGCUUGUGGAUUAUUGUGAUGAUCAGCUGUUUGGAUUCUCAUUCUGACGGCACCCAUUCACUGCAGAGGAUCCAUUGAUGAGCAAGUGAUGUAAUGCUAAAUUUCUCCGAAUCUAUUCAGAUGAAGAAACAAACUCCUCUAAAUCUUGGGUGGCCCAGAGGGUCUUGUCUCAUAAUCUUUACACAGUUCUGGGUAUCCCACACGACCCAGCGGCUCUUGAGGAACACUUCAGAGAUGACGACGACGGUCCAGUGUCCAGCCAGGGAUACAUGCCCUACCUCAACAAAUACAUCCUGGACAAGGUGGUGGAAGGCACGUUUGUCAAAGAAAAUGUGGAUGAGCUCUGCUGGACUCUUACUGCCAAGAAAAACUACCGACCAGAGGGAAAGAGCGUUUUACCUGGAAAAGACGCCUUCCGGCUCUGGUGCCUGUUCAUAUUUCUCUCAGAGGACAGAUAUCCUCUGGUGAUGAUCCCUGAUGAGGUUGAAUAUUUAAUGAAGAAGUUAUGCAUGGCCAUGAGUGUUGAAAUGAACUGUGUGGAACUAGAAGACUUCAUUUCCCAAGAUUCUGUUCAGCAGAAUGGCUUCACUGUGUGGGCAUUUCUGGAGAUGAUGAAUUCUGGGAAACUAACGAGGGGCAUUGCCAAAGAAACCAUCAGUAUGGCAAUAGAGGAGGUGUACCGAGAAAUAGUGGGUGAUGUGUUGAAAGAGGGAUAUCUGUGGAAGAAAGGUCAGUUGAGGAGAAACUGGACAGAGCGGUGGUUCACCCUGAGACCCAGCACUUUAAUUUACUUCACUAGCGAGGACCGCAAAGACCGCAAAGGCAACAUUCAGCUUGAUGGAAACUGCUGUGUAGAGGUACUUCCUGACAGAGAUGGAAAGAGGUGUAUGUUCUGUCUGAAGACGCUCUCCAAGACCUACGAACUCAGUGCGUCUGACACCAAACAGAGGCAGGAGUGGACUACAGCUAUCCAGACAGCCAUCCGGCUGUAUGUGGAGGGUAAAACUUCUCUUCAUAAGGACCUAAAGCUGAAACGGCGUGAGCAGCGGGAACAGAGAGAGAAGAGGAGGGAGGCGAAGGAGCAGGAGCUUCAGCGCUUCCGGGCCCUGCAGGAGGAGAGGGAGCGGAAGAUGGCAGAACUGGAGCUGCUGAAGGAGGCGCAGAGGCAGGCGCAGACACUGCUGGAGCAGGACGAACAGCGCAGACGACAGCAGCAUGAACAGCUCCAGCAGGCCCUGGAGAUUCAGCUCAAAGAGGCGGAAGAGGCGCGGGCGAGCAUGCAGGCUGAGAUGGCACUGAAAGAGGCCGAGGCGGAGAGACAGAGAACACGAAUUAAAGAACUGGAGGCCAUGCAGCAGCGACUAGAGGAGGCGUUACAACAGGAAAUCAAAGCCAGGCAGGAUGAAGAGGCCUUCCGCUACGCACAGGCUCGGCUACUGGCUGAGGAAGAGGAGAAGAUGAAGGCCCUCAUGUCUCUCCGUGAGGAGCAGGAGGAAUAUAUCCAGCGUGCCCAGCGUGAGAAACAAGAGCUCAAACAGGAAAUGGAAAGCAAGUCUCGAGCUCUGGAUGAAGCACAGAAGCAGCUGGAGGAGGUCAGGGCCAAUCGGCACCGAGUGGACCAGGAUGUGGUGGCUGCUCAGAGGAAGCUGCGUCAGGCCAGCACAAAUGUUAAACACUGGAACGUUCAGAUGAACAGAUUAAUGCAUCCUAUUGGACCAGGAGAAAAACGGGCCUCAGGAGGUGGAUCUUUUUCCAGCUUUCGCAUCCCUUCGCAGAAGGAUCCAGGACUGCGUUUGAAGCAGAAAUCAGAUGAGCAGGAUGAGGAAAGCAAAGAAAACAUGGAAAGCAGAGGAGGGUGUGCAUCUGACAAGCGUUUGUCUACAAAUGGAGACAUGGAAAUACCUUAACGACCUCAGAAGAAAAAGAAAUUCUCUCUUUCUCAAUGUUAAGACUGAUUUGAAUGAAGGAAAGUCGUUUUUACAAGUUGCAAAGACCUCAUGCCGUUAAAAAAUGAUAAUUUCUAAUGUUGUCAUUGUUUGUUAAUAGCUUGUUAAAUAGUAAUGUUUUUGUACACUUCAUCACAUUGUUUGAAAAGUAUUGUACUGUAGUUGUUAAAUUUCUGAUUGACUCCUAAGUUACUCAAAGCCUUACGUAGACUAAAAUGUACACUGAAUAAAUAUUAAGCAUUUUUCAAGA